AUGAUUCCAACUAAAGACCAACCCGUCCUCAUCAUAGGCGCUGGUAUAAGCGGCUUGCUGCUUGCACAGAGUCUAUCACGACAUGGCAUUCCCUUCCGUGUAUUUGAACGCGAUACGGAUCUUGAAACACGUGGUGUCGGAUGGGGUCUCACCCUUCUCUGGACGCUUCCCGUAUUGAAAGAUCUUCUGCCCGAGCAUUUUUUCAGUCGCUUGCCAGAGGCUUAUGUUGAUCGCGAAGCUGUUACUCAGGGUCUGUCGUCGAGCUUUCCGUUCUUUGACUUGAGUACUGGAGAGCUUAAGGCGUCGGUACCUAAAGCGCCAGAAGCAGAACGUGUCCGAGUCACAAGACAGGGUCUCAGAGCUCUGCUAGCUACUGGGAUUGACAUUGAGUGGGGCAAAGGUGUUACCGGAGUCGUGUCGACGGACGACUCUGUCACUGCUUCAUUCGAGGAUGGCAGCUCAGCUACUGGGAGUUUACUCGUUGGAUGUGACGGAAGCCAUUCACGAGUGCGUCGCUCAAUGUUCCCCGAGUGGAAGCUCAAAGACAUUCCUGUUCGAAUGUUAGGCAUCAAGAUGGAGCUCUCGCCCUCGCAGAUCAAGCCGAUUCGCGACCUUGAUCCUUACUUCUUUCACAGCACAAACUCGAGGAAUGACACUUUCGUAUACUUUAGUGUUCUCGACGCGCCUGGCAAUCAUGCCGAUACCGACCGCCCGUACAUCGGACAACUCUGCGUCUCGUGGCCAUAUCGCGAAGGUUUCCUGAACAGGGUUUCCCCUAUCGAGAUUCCGGAUUCGCAAGAGGAGAAGUAUAAAUUGGUCCAAGAGUUGACUUCCACUUGGGCCGAGUGCUUUCGGCCCCUUGCAUCCGCAGUCUCGCUGGACAGCGAAAUGAAAGGCCUCAAGAUACAAGACUUGACACCUCCAAAAGACUUCCAAACAACUGGCCGAGCUGUACUUAUGGGAGAUGCUCUCCACGCAAUGGCAAUGUACCGGGGAGAGGGCGCAAAUCAUGUCAUCUUCGAUGUUAAAGACUUUGUGGAACGAGUUGUUCCUACUCUCAACGGCAAUGGCGAUCUGAGAUCUACGCUGGAUGAGUAUGAGCGAGCGGUUAUUUCACGGACGCGUCCAGCAGUACUGGCGUCGAGGCGAGCCUGUCUUGAUGCACAUAAUUGGAAGAGGAUCAGCAAGGCCAGCCCACUGUUGACAAAGCGCAUGCCAUACAUAGAGUUUGAGGAGACCGAGGAAGUUGAAGUAACGCAUAGACUAUAA